AUGGGUUCUCCAAUCUCCGGACUCAUUGCCGAGGCGGUUCUACAAAAACUCGAGAGACGACUAUUCGAGGAGUACAAACCCAAGUUUUGGGCACGCUACGUUGAUGACACCUUCGUGAUCAUAGACCAGGAUAAAAUCAACUACUAUGCGGAAGUACUGAACUCAAUCAUGCCCGAUCUACAGUUCACGAUGGAGGAGGAAGUCGAGGACAAACUUCCAUUCUUGGAUGUUCUCGUCUGCCGCCAACCAAAUGGCGAACUAGCGACGUCGGUCUACAGAAAACCGACGAACACGCUGCAAAUUCUCAGCUACAACAGCAACCACCCGCCACAACACAAACGAAGCUGUUUCCGCACGCUGUACCGACGGGUAGAAACUCAUUGCAGCACGCCAGCCGCCAAACUGAAUGAGAUAAAGCUCCUCCGAGAACUUUUCAGAGCCAAUGGCUAUCCACGGGCAUUCAUUGAACGAAGCCGAAGGCAGCCAAAGAAACGGAACGAGGAGCACAGUCAGCCAAACUCGUGGCGGAGCAUUCCGUAUAUUAAAGGGGUCUCCGAAGUCGUGGCUCGAUCACUCGCGCCACUCGGAAUAGGUGUUGCCCACAGGCCUGACUCAACAAUCCGCCGGCAAGUGAUGCGGCCGAAAGAUCCGAUCCCUAAUCAGGAGAUGUCGGCCGUUGUCUACCGACUCCAAUGCAGCUGCGGAAGUUGCGACUACGUUGGGGAAACCGGCCGACGGCUGCAAACGCGAAUGCACGAGCAUAAGUUGGCCGUGCGAAGGUUGGACCCAAAGUCGGAGGUAGCGACCCAUGCCGCGCAAAUGGGACACAUCUUCAACUUUGACGCCGUUGAGAUUGUGGGCCGGGGCGGCGAUCACACAGCAAGGCAAGUGCAAGAAGCCUGGAUGUCCACCGACCGCUCUGUCAACCGCCACAUCAAUUUGCCUCCCCCUUAUCUGACUUUACGAACCUUCUUAGCGGGGGACAGUCACGGCGCGGGACAAUCGGGGCCGUCAGUCAUCACCGCGGCCGACGGGGGCGAUUCAGGUCACGGUGACAUGCGGAUGGGAUGCAGCCACACAGGCGGCAUUGGCGGAUCACGCAUUGGACAAAGGGCGCCAUAA